AUGGCGCUGCGAAGACUUGGCCUCAUGUCAUCAACCUUCCUUGUGAUGGCUCUCUCUUUCGUAAUUAGCUUCCUCUCUUUACUUGGCCAGCUCAGGCCAUGGCCUGCCACCCUUCCUCAGGGCCUCCUCUCCCUCGACAUCGCCGACGAGCUCCAUUAUGGUCCCAACGCCACCGCCCGGUUCUCCAUCGACUAUGGCCGCCUCACCGAAGCGGCACCUGCGGCCGUGCUCUACCCGUCGUCUCCCGACGACAUCGCCUCCCUCGUCCGGUUCUCCUACGCCUCCCCCCGGCCCUUCGUUAUAGCCGCCCGAGGCCACGGCCACUCGAUCAGGGGCCAGGCCUUUGCCCCUGGUGGCGUGGUGGUAGACAUGGCAUCGCUAGGCGGCGGCCGCAGGGCCCGCCGCCGCGACCGGAUCAAAGUGCCGCUUGACGACGUGCACCGGCUCCUGUACGUCGAUGCUGGAGGCGAGCAGCUCUGGAUCGACGUCCUGCGUGAGACGCUCGAGCAUGGCGUUGCACCCCGCUCGUGGACUGAUUACCUCUACCUGACUGUCGGCGGCACGCUCUCGAACGCCGGCAUAAGCGGCCAGGCCUUCCGGCACGGCCCGCAGAUCUCCAACGUUCAUGAACUCGAUGUCAUCACCGGGAAAGGCGACAUGGUGACAAGCUCCCGUGACGUCAACUCAGACCUGUUCUACGGGGUCUUGGGAGGGCUCGGCCAACUCGGCAUCAUCACCAGAGCUCGAAUCGCCGUGGAACCAGCGCCGCAACGGGUCCGGUGGGUGCGGUUCAUCUACACCGACUUCGGCUCCUUCAUAAACGACCAGGAGCUACUGAUCUCCAUCUCGGAGGAGGGUUUCGAUUACGUGGAGGGACAGCUGCUUAUGAAGAAUGGAGCAGCUAACUCUUCCUUCUUCUCAGAGAGAGACUCGGAGAAGAUCAAAGUGCUCGCAGCUGAGUUCGGUGUAAUCUACUUCUUGGAAGGAGCUAUAUACUAUGAGUUAGCCACGGCCUCUUUGGUUGAUCAGAAGCUAAAAUUGCUGCUUAAAAAGCUGAGCUUUGUCCCUGGCUUCGCGUUCACGAAAGACGUCUCCUACCUCCGUUUCCUCGACAGAGUUCACCAUGACGAGAUAAAGCUGCGUCCCAUGGGCCUGUGGGACGUUCCCCAUCCAUGGCUGAACCUGUUCGUGCCCAAGUCCAGAAUGCGAGACUUCGAGACUGGGAUCUUCCGGGGGAUCCUGAUCGAGAACAACACCCCCAUGGCAACGGUCCUCAUCUCCCCCAUGAACAGGAGCAAGUGGGAUGAGAAGAUGUCAGUGACGAUCCCGGACGAAGACAUAUUCUACGCCAUCGGUAUCCUGAGAUCUGCCACGAUGGACGACUGGAAGCACUUAGACGACCAAAACGACGAAAUAUUGAGGUUCUGCAACCAGGCAGGGAUCGAAUUCAAGCAGUAUUUGCCGCAUUACACGACACAGGCGGACUGGAAGAAGCACUUCGGCCUCAAAUGGGAUACGUUUGUGCAGCUGAAGAGAAGAUACGACCCCAAAGCACUGUUAUCACCCGGGCAGCAAAUAUUUACGACCUCGCUGUAGCUCAUAUCUCGGAGUACGUACGUGCGUACGUAACCCACGCCAUGCAUGCACACGCUGCAAUCCACCUGUGGAACGUCCACAGCAUUCAUCACGUAACCUGAUGUAUUUUCUGCCACAUCUCGUAUGAAUCCCUUCUUA